AUGGAGUCAAGCCGAGGAGUCAUGCCUGGUCACAUUGGGAAGUCCAACCAGACACUGUUGACAGAGUUCAUCUUGCAGGGGUUCUCAGAGCAUCCAGAACUGUGGUUGCCCCUGCUUAGCUGCUUCUUCUUCCUCUACACCAUGUCCCUCAUGGGAAACACUCUGAUCAUCAUCAUCAGCACCUGCAACUCUGGCCACCACAGACCCAUGUACUUUUUCCUGUUGAACCUGGCCACCAUGGACAUCAUCUGCCCUUCCUCUGUGCUGCCCAAGGUACUAGUAGGCCUGGCCCUGGAGGAAAACACCAUCUCUUUCAAGGAGUGCAUGGCCCAGGUCUUCUUCCUUGUGUGGUCUGCUUCUUCUCUGCUUCUGCUGCUUGCAGUCAUGGUCUAUGAACAUUAUGUUGCCAUCUGCUGGUCCCAGCAUUUUGGGACCCUGAUAAGCCUGUGCAUCUGCCUGGCAUUGGCCAUGGGAGUCUGGGUGAUCUGUGCCCUGGUCUCCUCCAUCCACACUGCUCUGAUGGCACAACUGUCCUUCUGUGGCCCCAAUGUCAUCACUCACUUCUUCUGUGAGAUCCCCCCACUGUUGCUGCUCUCCUGUAGUCCCACAUUAAACAGCAUCAUGACCAACUUGGUUGAUGCCUUCUAUGGAUGCUUCAACUUCCUUCUCACCCUCAUGUCUUAUGGCUACAUCAUUGCCAGCAUCCUAUGCAUCCACUCAGCUGAGGGGAAGUGGAAGGCCUCCUCCAUCUGUUCCUCCCACCCCAUUGUGGUCUCUGUCUACUACUCAGCUGUGUCCUGUGCCUACAUCAGCCCAGCCUCCAGCUACAGCCCUGAGAGAAGCAAACUGGCUGGAGUGCUGCACACAACUGUGAGCCCCACCCUAAAUCCACUCAUCUACACACAAAGGAACAAGGAAGUUAAGGCAGCCAUAGGGAAACUCUUCCACUUUUGUAGACGUUAA